CCGACGCGCCGACGCCCGAUGUGGUCGCUCGCGCUGGCGUGGGAAAACCUGUGGGGAUCGUCCGAGGAGUUCCUGCGACGACUCGGACCGCGGUACGUCGCGAACGUCUAUCGCGUCGUCGCGACGCUGACGAGCGCGGCGCAACUCUCGAAGCGCAAACACGCGCUGCAGCGAGAGGUGUCGGCGAUGCAACUCGUGGCGGUGGCGCUGACGCUGGUGCCGUACGAGCACGGCGCGUACGUGCACAGCGCUGGGAUACAGGCGUUCGCGCUCGGUGUGAUGCUCGUCGCGGCGACCGGACACUGCGGCGCGCAAGCGUUGUAUUGCGCGUUCACCAACGCGUUGGCGCACGUGGCGUGGACGGUGCGCCGAGACGCGUGGCCGAUGAACGCGAUGACGAUGUACGAGUACCAAAUUCGGUGCAUGAUGGCGGGCGUCGUCGUUGGGACGAGCGAUUUGUACCGACGCGCCAAGUUGUGGUACAUCGAACUCAUGGCGGCGCAGGACGCGGCGGAGCGCGAAAACGCGGCGCGUCUCGACGAGAAGAAGACAGAGUAA